CUUGUGUUGAUAUUUUUCCUAACUCUUGAGUUUUGCCUUUUAAUAGUUAGCUUUCCUUUUUCAUACUUGUCCUGGAAAUUUUUGUUGCACAUAACUCAACAAACAGUGAGCAUAUCCAGUACUGGAAAAGUGCAGUCUAGAGGAGGGAGGGAGCCAGCAGUUCUGAUUGCUUUGGAACACAGGAUUUUCUGCCGAUUCUGGGCAAAGAUGGCCACCAAUGAUGCUGUUCUGAAGAGACUAGAGCAGAAGGGUGCAGAGGCUGACCAGAUCAUUGAGUAUCUCAAGCAGCAGGUUGCUCUUCUCAAGGAGAAAGCAGGUAAGAACAUUUAUACUUUCUUUUCCCCUGAACUCAUCAGCACUAGUACCAGAGGUUCUCCUGGUGUUUUUUGUUUGUUUGUCUUACUUCUGUUGCUUACAUAUUCUCAAUCCUUAGGAGAGAAAAAGGAGAAGAAACUGCAGUCAGCAGCACCAAGUGCUGACUCGAAGCCAGUAGAUGUUUCUCGUCUGGAUCUUCGAAUUGGUCGUAUUGUUACUGUCAAAAAGCACCCGGAUGCAGACUCACUGUAUGUAGAAGAAGUGGAUGUGGGGGAGGCAGCCCCAAGGACAGUCAUCAGUGGACUGGUGAAUCAUGUUCCUCUAGACCAGGUGAGUUGCCCCCAAAGUGCCACUGCUAUGGGCUGCCUCUUCCGUGACCUACUCAUACUAGUUGCUCUCAGAGUCAUUGGUUGGGAGUGAGAGCAGUGGCUCGGG